AGCUUUAGAAAUCUUACAGUAUUUGUCAACAAAGCUCGUCUCUUGCGUGUUUUUGAUCACAUUUCGAUCCUUAAACUCGGAAUUGUGACUUUAAUGAAGCAACUUUUCAUAAAUGUAGAUUGUAGGCGACAGUCGCAGUCAUGAACGGGAGUUCUAAUCCUCUUUUGGACAAAGAGGAGCAUGUUUUAAAGCUCGGAGAGAGCUUUGAGAAGCGCCCCAAAUCCUCCUUCCACACAAUCAGAUAUGAUUUUAAGCCAGCAUCCAUCGACACCUCCUGUGAAGGGGAGCUGCAAGUGGGGAAAGGAGAUGAGGUCACCAUUACAUUGCCUCACAUACCAGGCUCCACGCCACCCAUGACUGUAUUCAAAGGCAACAAAAGGCCCUAUCAGAAAGACUGUGUUCUGAUCAUCAAUCAUGACACUGGAGAGUAUAUGCUGGAGAAGCUGAGCAGCAGCAUUCAAGUCAAGAAAACUAGAGCUGAGGGCAGCAGUAAGAUCCAGGCUCGGAUAGAGCAGCAGUCAGUGAGAGCCACGCAGCCUCCCUCACAGUUCCGGACUCCCACCAAGCUGAGCACCGGGGCCAAAACAUCCCCCACUAAAGACAACCCCUCCCCUGAGCCCCAGCUGGAUGACAUCAAAAGAGAACUGCGAGCGGAGGUGGAGGUUAUAGAGCAGAUGAGCAGCAGCGGCAGCAGUAGCUCCUCAGACUCGGGCAGCUGUUCAGGCAGCGGGGAUGACAGCUCCAGCAGCGACGGAGAACAGGACACUCAUAAUCCUCAUGGCCACACCCACCUCUCCCCCAGCCGAGACCCUCUGGCCAACGGCACAGACAAAGCGCAGGGCAGCAACCAGCUAAUGAACACACUCAGGAAUGAUCUGCAGCUGAGUGAAUCGGGAAGCGACAGUGACGAUGAUUGACGGCUGCCCUUCAUCACUCGCCCAGCGUGGAUCUCUGUCUUUCUUUUUAAGCGCUGUGUCCUGCUCUCUGCCUUCCUUUUGCAUUUUUGAGCUGUCAGCCCUUUUGCAGUGUUUUUGUCACAGUCUUUGUAUGUUUUUCCCAAGUCUCCUCAAAGUUCAUAGAGUGUAUUUUUUAUUAGAUGUAUAUUUUAAGGUUCUAGUGCAGAGUUGGAACAUGUAAGUAGGUGUAAAAAAUCUUAGCAUAGAGUUGUAUGCAAAAAGCUUGAGCAACCCUGGGCCACAUCACACACUGUGUUGAUUUUUAAAGCAAAAGGAAGUAAACAUAACUUCUGCAGCAAACUAUUUUAAAAAUUAAAAUUUUCUGCAAAAGUCAGUGUCUACAUUGUGCAAAACAACAUUAUAUAGGCCAGAGGCAUUUUGUAAACAAGUGCUGUGGAAAAUUCUUUGGCCAAAGGAAUGUUUGGAGAAAACAGGAACACCAUUUAAUGAAAGGAACACCUUGCUAACUGCAAAGCACUUGGGUAUGUGUAUUAUGCUUUGGGGCUGUUUAGCAGCCAGAGUUAUAGGAAACACUACAUGGAUAGAUGGAAGACAUGGAUUCCAUUAAAUAUCAGUAAAUUCUGGAAGCAAAUGUGACAGUCAACAAAUUGAAGCAUGAAGCAAAUUGAAGCACCACCAUGAACUACUCCAAGAAAUGCAAUCUGAGGUUUUUAGAUUGGUCCUCAAAGUCCCCUGACUUGAACAUCAAUAAAAAUCUGCGGUGUUCUGUGCGCUCUGCAAGAAAGAAUGGGUGAAAAUUCUCAAAACAAAAACAGAAAGUGUCAUAGCUGGUGACAAAAAAGCAUUUGUGAUCUGUGAAAUCUGCCAAAAGGGAAUAUUAUGUACUGGCGUUCAAACCUUUGCACAUGCCACUACUUUUCUACUUUUUAUCUUAAGUAACUGUGAAUUAACAUUUACUAUAAAGGUUGGUUUUUCUUCUUUUCACAAAAAUCAACAACAUAUGUAAUUUGCCCAGGGGUACCUAAACAUCUGCAUACAACAAUACUUAUUCAAAAAGAAUUGUGUUAAUUUAUAUGCAGUGUUUUCAUGACGUAUAAUUUAAGCUAUUAGAAUGUUGCCAAGUUGGAAUCAUUUGGCAAGAAGGUCAUAUGGCAUGUCACUUACUCUCUAUGGAGGUUUUACAGAAGCAGACAGAAAUCAGUAUGGUCUGUUAUAUGAAAUGAAAAACUAAAUUCUGAGCUGGUGCAUAGAUUAUAGCCUAAAUGUAGCUUUUAGCCUGUAUACAGAUUUUAGCCUAAUGAUUGUAGUAAAUGUAGACUGGAAAUUUACGGUUCAAUUGCUGAAAUUUCUAAUGCUUAUUGCUCAUUCUGUGAUGCAGCAUCUUGAAAUUUUAUUUUCUUUAUUGUUUAAAUUGCUAAUAAUAAAAGAGCAAUAAGCAGCUGUUUUUCUUUUGCUUGAAUGUUGAGUUUGUGACUUGACCACUGCAGCCACUGUAUGGCACUGUACUGCACCACUUCUAAUAACAUUAAAUUAGAUUAAUUGUUCA